UUAUACCUUGUAAUUGAUGGUCUUCUUUUGUUAUUAUUUACUCUUACUAUCUUUUGUUUUGAUCUCCCCUCUGAAGCAAAAUAGCAAGUGUGUAUUGUGGUUUUACAGGUACAUUUCAUGAAGUCAAAAGGAAACGGGACAGGAGAAAAGAGAAUUUGAGCAACAAAGAGUCUGCAGAACUGAGGUGGAAACCUGGUAUGCAGGGGCGAGGGAGUAGGGGUGGACCGGGGAACUAUUCACCUCGUUACAUAUCGAACGAUGGUAGUGGUGGCAGAAAACAUUAUUCUGAAAAGGAAAAUGGAGUCAAUCAAGUUCCAGACAAGGGUGUUGGGCUCUCGUCCUUGCCCACCUCUCAGGAGUCAAAAAAUAAAGAAGUCCUUCCUUCCACGAGCCCUCAAUCAGUCAUAACCAAUGGCCCCCUUGAUGUGGCUCCUGGGAGUAUGGGUGUUGUACGUGCUCAUUUGUCUCCAGUAAGUUUGGACAACCAGUCUGGAGAGGGCUCAUCGACUGAUAUGACUAAGUUGAACGGUCCACCACCACCUCCACAUCCGGUCAGCAUGAUGGAAAAACCUCCCAUUGACUUUGUGACAGGAGAUGCUCAUGGGCAUCUCACAUCAAGCUCUAGCAGCAACUCAAUUGCUAGGACCCAGGCAACUUUGCCUAGAGUCUAUUUCUCAGCUUCAGAUCCUGUCCUGGUGCCAUCUCAUGAUUCUCAGCUUCCCGGAGCUGUAGGUGCAAUUAAGCAUGAGGUGGGAAGUCAGCGAACUCCAGUCGAACAAAUUUCCUUUGACCCUUCUGAGGGAAAAUCAAUUCCUGGUCCUAGUAAGGAAUGGAAACCAAAGCCAGUGACCAAUACUCUUACCGCGAUUUCAUGUCUACAAUUAGUGACAGUGGCAUUGGUAUGA